GUUUACCUCUCGACUUGACGCGCGACCUCCGGACGACAGAGAGAUACGAGGAAGAGCGACUCACCACCAAAAUACAGUCCCUCACUGCAUGGGAGUCAUAUAGCUGUUUGGGCAGUGUGUGACAACAGAAUUAUAAAAUAGGUGAAACACUGCUCUUGUGAGUCAAUUGUUAAGUGGUGAUUGUUUCAGAAAUUUGUGAAGAUAGUCUUUCGAAAAAACAGAAGACUGCUGCAAGGAUUAGAUGGAAUACACAAAUCCGAAGAAUUUGGCAGCGAUCUUGGAAAAUACCAAGCAGAAGUUAGUGGAAGAAGCUCGAAACAACAAGUAAAAAAAUAUUACAUCUGUCAGAAUCGGUCCCAGACAACAGUUGUUGUCCUGUCGCGUUGUAGUCGAUUGAUACGAAUCCUGUGUUUUGAAACGGUGCAAUCCCAAUCCAACGUGCGAGGAGAAUACCGUGGAAGGAUAGCACAAAACGAAUGUGAAAUAAAAAUAGGAAACACAUAAACGACGGGGAAGGAUAUCCGUGAAUUUGUGUCGAUGUAGUGACAAAGGGAAAUAUAGGCCUGUGUUGAAAUAGUGUUGUGUCGCUCUACACGGGGUCAGAAAUUGAUAGAAUUAGAGAAAAGAGGCGAUGAUUAUUAGGGGAUAAUUAAGUGCAUCGGUUCGAGCUCAACGAAGAAGGCAUCGCAUCUGAUCCAGCUGUCUUCAGUGUGAAUAGUUUCCUAACGGAUUGAAUGUGACCCGUUCGAAAAAGUUGUUGACGACAAUAACCACAGUCGAAGAAUUGACGACAGCAGCGUUAACAGCAAACACAAGGAAGAAUAAGAAUACCAACAAAUCAAAAUUCUUCGCGCCAUUAUCAGUGUUGUUUGACAAAUCGAGUGCGAGCUAAAUAUUUAUCGGCGUGACACAACGAAGUGAGCUAAACUGACGACUCGACACGCAAACCGAAAAUCAAACCCCAAGAAGCAAGAAGAAACAACAGUAGCAAAGAAGGCGAAAAAUGCAAAGGUAGGGAAUGAAAACAAAGUGUCAACUAAUAACAUAUUAGUAGGAAGAAAAAAAAUAGAUACAACACAGGUGCACAAAAAAGAUAAGCGGAAAGAAGCUAAGUGUGUAGUGUCCGUUCAAGUGAAGCAAAAAAUAAAAGAGGUAAAUAACAGGAAAAAAUCGCAAUCAACGAAGCGGCAGUCGUGAAAGGUGAGUGUGUGAUGUGCAAAAAUAAUAACAACAGCUCAUGAGCGGUGGAAAGAGCUAGUGGCUGAAAUAGAUACACACGACAAAAAGGGAAGAAACCAAGAAAGUCCCACUCUCUCCGAAGUUUUUUACCUUUACAAAGCACAGUUCCAAAAAUAUAGAAAGAAAGUAAGCCUAAAUCGAAUUUGAAGAAAGUGAUAGUCAGUGGUGAGCUCAGAAGAAAAUCGAUCAACACACAGAAAAGGAAGGAGAGGGGAGAAAAGUGUCAUCCCAUGUGCGCGAUCUAAGCAAGCCGUGGCGUCUAAAAGUAAUUGCCUGGUGCGGGGCCGGUGAGUGCGACCAACGCAGCGAAGCAGAUCAAUCCAGCUGUUGACCUGCUGAGACAACAUCAACAAGACGCUCACGUUAUAAGAAAAGCGCCACGGUGUGCGCACUAGCAGACAAAUUAAAGGCAUUUGUGGGAAAGUCCGCCCGCGGAAGAGGUCAAAAGACUGAAGCAAAACUGUCAACUCUAUUUUCUGGGAUUAGCAUGACGCUGCGUCGAAGCGGUUGAAUGGAUUACCAUCGAUGCAAGCACUGACUUUCUGAACAGAUAUGAUCCGGGCAUGAGUGCCCUGGGGGGCUCCCUCUAGGGGCUCCAUCAUUGGGUGAUCGCUCGAUGAGGCGGAUCGUCCUUGCCUAGCAACGACGGCAGAAAUCGACAUCAAUUCAAAAUUCAAACAGAUCGGCCUAAGCUUCGGAGGCACUAAAUGCAACAAUUUGAACAGUAGUUUUUGCAACGCAAAACGUCCCCGUCCGUAAUUGAAGAUCAGUUUCUAUUCUGGGGAAACGAAAGAUUCGGCAGGUUUCUGGGGAGUGCGAUAUGGUCGCAGCAGCCGGAGGACAACAAGGCGGGAUGGAUGUUGGAUACAAUCCUCAGAUGAACAAUAUGGCGAUGCACUCGCAAUCGUCAUGGAAUCAAAUGAACGGAAUGAACCAGAUGAGUGGUAUGAAUCAGAUGGGUGGCGGUGGAGGUGGAGGCAUGAACCAGAUGAAUGCCGGUAUGCCAAUGAAUCAGAUGGGCGGAGGCGGAGGCGCUGGGUCCACAGGGGUAGGAGGUGGUGGGGGCAACAUGGGAGGCAUGGGUGGCAUGCAGAUGAACCAGAUGGGAUCAAUGAAUGGAAUGGGAAGCUAUGGUAGGCAUCACCAGCAGAUGAACCCGAUGGCACAAAUGAUGAACAUGGGGAUGGGAAUGGGAGGACAAAUGGGACCAGGAACGGGCAUGAAUGGAAUGAACCAAAUGACCAGUAUGAAUCCAUUGAAUCAAAUGAACCAAAUGUCGCCAAUGUCCAAAAUGCAAGGAAUGGCUAAUGGAUAUCCUGCGCAUCCGCGGAGAAUGGCACCUUAUCCGAAUCCACAGAUGCAGAUGGUCCAGAAACGGUCUAUGUAUGGAAUGGGCCAGCAGGGAAUGCCUGGGGCUGGUUCCCAAUUCCCUCCUCAUCAACCUGCCGGAGUUCCUCUACCAAUGCAAGCCAAUACUAGCUACGGAAGGCACGGACCAAUGCCAAUGAACUAUCGGGGUCCUCAGAUGAUGCAACAGCGGCAGAACACUCCUCCGUACAGCGCAGGCAGCGCACACAGUCAACAGUAUUACAACACGGGCUACCAAAACAUGCAGGGCUACCAGCAGGACGUUCGAAUGAACUACCAGCACAGUCCCGUGCCCGGUAACCCAACGCCUCCCCUCACACCCGCCUCUUCCAUGACACCGUACAUAAGUCCAAAUCCGGACAUUAAGCCAAACCUACCACACAAAGAUGAAGAACUUCGGCUCACGUUCCCAGUGCGGGACGGCAUCCUACUACCACCGUUCCGAUUGGAACAUAACCUCGCAGUUAGUAACCACGUAUUCCAGCUGAAAUCGACCGUGUAUAACACGCUCAUGUGCCGGCCGGAUCUCGAGUUACAGUUGAAAUGUUUCCACCACGAGGAUCGACAGAUGAACACCAACUGGCCGGCAAGUGUUCAGGUGUCGGCGAACUCAACACCGCUGGAGAUCGACCGGGGUGACAACAAAAACACCCAUCGGCCACUUUACCUGAAACAAGUUUGUCAGCCCGGUCGGAACACGAUCCAGAUCACGGUUAGCACCUGCUGUUGUUCCCAUCUAUUCGUUCUGCAAUUGGUACAUCGACCGUCGGUUAACCACGUGCUGCACACUCUGCUGAAGCGCAGUCUCCUAUCGGCCGAACAGGCGGUGGCCAACAUCAAGCGGAACUUUUCCGCAGGGCACACAACGAAUCCAAACCAUCCGCUCGGUGCAAACGGCCUCGGCAAUGAUAAGGACGCGCUCGAGCCGGCAACCUCCACAAAAGUCUCCCUCAAGUGUACCAUAACUUCGAAACGAAUAGCACUUCCAGCGCGUGGCCGUGACUGUAAGCACAUUCAGUGUUUCGACCUGGAAGCGUACCUAGCGCUCAACUGCGAACGAGGCAACUGGCGAUGUCCUGUGUGCAAUAAACCCGUGCUGACCGAGGACCUCGUGAUCGAUCAGUACAUGUGGGCCAUCCUCAACACCCUCAACUCUUCCAACACGCCAAACGGAAUGGACACGGAAGAAGUAGUUAUCGAUUCGCAGGCGAAUUGGAGGGCGAUAAAACCAGCAGGAAUGGGCGGUGGAGGAGGUACGGGUGGCGGCAACAACGGAGGUCCAAACACGGUGGCGCCUGGUGGAUCAACACCGGGAGCCGAGGUCAAUAACGGUCGAGGCGGUUCAACGCCCGGACUGCUGGGCAUCAAACCCGAUCCGGACGGUGACAGCAAGCAAUUCAGCAAGGUUAUGUCACCGGGAUCCACCUCGCUACCCACGUGGGACAACAUGAAUGCCAUGAGCCCUUACAUGAGUCCAGACAUGAGCUCGAUCGCCAGCGGCAGUAUGAUGGGAUCAAACUACAAUCAACGAACGCAGUUCGACAACUUUGGCAAUCCGAUCAAACAGGAACCGAACACCAACGUGCAGAGCGGUGCGAACAGCAAUGGACCUGGAACGCCUAGCGACUUCGGUACUAAUCCCCUGGCACAUCUGAGCGACUCAGUUAACUCAUUGGAUCCCCUCAACGCAAUGGAAAAAUCACUAAAUGAUCAGAUGCCCCACACGCCUCAUACCCCGCACACACCAGGUGGAGGCAGUGCACAUCCAAUGACGCCUGGGGGCCCGCCUAGCGUUCCACCAGCCAACGAAAAUAACUCCAGUCAAUCGGGCAACAGCGGACCAAACAAUAGCAGUAGUAGUGGUGGCAGUAGCUCCAACAACCCCGGUGGCGGAAACAACUCCACCAACAACGGCAUCCAAAACAGCAGCAACAACGGUGGUGGCCACAGCAACAACCCUGUGCCGAACAGCCUGAUGCACUCGCCACAGCACCAACAGCAGCAGGCCAUGGGAAUGGGUAACAACCCGGCAGCGAACAUCAUGAACUCGCCCCAGAGUCUGAUGAACUCGCCUCAAAACAUGAUGAACUCGCCGCAGAACAUGAUGAACUCGCCGCAGAGCAUGAUGAACUCGGCGGCGGUGAACAACCUGCAGCAGAAUCUGAUGAACACAAUGAACUCGAUGAUGCAGAGCCAACAGCAGUGCAAUAACAGCCAGGCUGGUGGUGGGCUGGUCGGGCUGACAGACGUCGAUCUGCCGGCAGAUCUAAACUUUGAUCCGGCGGCCGUCAUCGAGGGCGAAGGUGGCAACGAUUUGAAUCUUCUUCCGGACAAUGUUGUGGACCCGAUGGAGCUCCUGUCCUAUCUGGACCCACCACCGGACCUCAACACGCCUCCCUCGAGUGGUUCCAGCAACAACGCCAACAGCGACGACAUUCUGGCAGCACUGUUCGACUAGGGUUGCCUCUCAAAAGUGUUGCCAGGCAAACGAAACUGAUGAUAAAUCUGCAAGCUGAAAUGUGAUGGGUUUUUGUUUUUGUUCUUCCGACUCACCGCACACGGACACCGGAUGUUGCGACUGCUGAGCCGUCUAAAACUGUUUGACAACACUCUAGCGGGACGGACACGGUGCCAAUGGAGGAGAGGAUGACGAUUGUUUUAUUCCUACUUACUUGACAAAGGGAUACUAUUUAUGCAAAAGGUAUGAAAUGUGAUUUCAAACGUGGCGCUAACCUAAGUUAAACAAAAUAGUUUGCACACAAACACGCAAACCCAGAAACGGUUGAAUGGAAGGAACGAAGGAAUAUGUGAACCUGGAAGUGAUAUUCGUAGACAAAAUGGGUUUUGGACCUCCCUUUCUUAAAUGGAAUGUUCCCCAUCCCUCACCAGUAGAACUCCUAUUCCGAGUCGAAGAAAAUCGCAUGCUUAAGGCACAUGAAUUUUUAAAUUGAAUAUUUAUUUUCCAUGAAAUAGUAUUUAGUUUUUUUGUAAAAAGAAAUUUAUUUAUUUUGUACAAAAUCGAAAAGUGACUAACGUGGAAAAUAUGUUUUAGAAUAUUAUUUCGCCUUAGUUUUCCGGAGACAAUGGAUCGACUCUGUUUUAUAGAGAUAAAAAUGAUCUUGAAUAAAUUGAUUUAACGACGGAAGAGAUAACAGAAUUGUUUAAGCAAAAUGUUAAACUUAAAGAUAUUAAAUUUUAAUCAAAAAUGUACAAAAGAAUUAAGAACCUAUUAUAUAUAAAUUUAAUAUAUUAAAGCAAAACAUUACUAACUAAAUUUAAACUAAGUCACGAACACACACAUGCAUACAGAAAACAUUUACAUUGGAUGAAAACCAGCUGACAUUUAAUCGAUACUGAAGGAAAUGCUAUUGCGACACGAACACACAAAUACACAUACACAUAAACAAAUGGCAGUAAACAAUACACUGACACAAACAAUGGAAAUUGUUAUAAUUUUCGCUCUCUUAAAUGUUUGUAGCGUAAUAAAAUUAAUCGAUCUGUAUUUCGAACAAAACCUAACACAAUCUGGACGAAUAUUGACGUAAAUUGAGAUAAACAUCAGCAAAUAAAGUAAACAAAGAAUCACAAACAAAGACCUAUUAAUUGAUUGAAGAUAAAAAGAAGUAAUAGAAAAUAAACGGCUUCAACGUAGUGACCUUUGAUUUUAUUGUAAAGUUAAAAAACAAAAACAAAGAACUUGGAAACCAGAAAACGUAUAAGCAAAGAAUCGAUCAAUCAAGAUGGCGCCAGCGCUAGGCCAGUAUUUUUUUAUAUAAAUCAUCAAACCAACUAAGAUCAGCAUCGAUAUUUGUUCCUUUUCCGAGCCCCAUCAUGAAAUGUCGCAUUCGUGUUAUUUUUUUUCUCAUCGAAGAUUUGAUCUUCGUUCCAUCGCAAAAUGGCUACCACUGUUUCACAUAUUAAUUGUUUGUACUUCGCUACCAUGGCAACGGCCAAGCUAGGAAAAACAUUUUGAACCUCGAAAUGGGAAGCAUUCAAUUGGUUCCUUUCUCGCAGUAAAAAAGUUCCAAGCCACCAAAGGCAACUUAUUAACUUAUUCUCACACUUUUAUUUAAUUUAGCCAAAAUACGACAGAAAACAAUCCUGCAUUGCCACAAUCGUAUCGAUCGUUGUUCAUUACAACAUUUUCAUCAUCUAACUGAAUCAGAACAUCACAAUCCUACCACAUGAAAUCCAAAAUUUUUACAACGUGAUAGUCAUUUAAAGUUAAGUCUUAACAUUUUGAAAGCAAGUAAACGUAAACCAAUUCAACAAAUAUAUUUUACAAACAACUAUUAUCUAUAGCAAAACGUGAGAGAACAUCUGUAGUAAUUUGAUACCGCAGUUUUGGGUUAAUCCCAAAACCCAAGGUUUGGGAUCAGUUGAGAAUCAAAAUUCAAAAAAAUAUGAUGAGUAAAAUGAUGAUAUAGCAAAUUGAUUGAAUGAAGGCGAAGAACGAUUGCAACAACUAUUUUACCCACAAUUUUAAAACCUCCUCAUUCGAAAUUUUAAUCUAACAAAAACGAAUACAAACCCAGAUCGGAGCAACCACGUUGCAUCACUUUAGUCCGUUACCUUGGAAAUCGACGAUAAAAUCGUUAAGCAUUUGUUCCACAAUUUCCUUCUACACACGUUUCGGUUGUUAUUUUUUUAACUCCUAAUUCUGCACUGUAAAACACGACCCCAUAGUAAACAAGACCACUUGAUCAGCAAAGGUUCUAAGCAAAAUAGUUGACUAAGUUUGCUCUCGUUGUAUUAUUUUGUACAUAAUGUCUAUAUCCGCAGCAGAGGGAUACAAGUGGAAGCAGAAUGAAAUGAGCACACAGCAGAGGAAAUUCCAAAAAAAAAACAAAAGUAAAGCAAAAUUGAAGAGAAAAAGAUAGUUGCUCCUGGUUGGGGGAAGCCGGGAGCUCCGGCAAAACAGCAAAAAGUAAUUGAAAAUAUUAACUUUAAAUUAAUUAUAUUUAAGAUAAAUGAAAAAAGCAGAAAAUGGAAAACAAAUUUUGAAAAUAAUAAAAAGCAAAAUGGUUUAAAAAAUGAUAAAGCAA